UCGAUCCCUGAUUGCGAGCCAUCUUCUUAUCUUGUAUUAUUCCUUCCUUCUUUCUUCCUCUUCUCGCGGCCUCUCAUUCAUACCCCUUCAACAUGGAUACCUUACUCACAGCAGAGAUCUACGCCAACUCGCCCCGCGUCAGGCGGCGGUCGAGUACCUUCGUAGAUGCUAUCCAUGAUCUGCCUGGAAAAGAGGACAUGGCCCCGGCUCAAUUGUACAGCACUGAGUCUGGGCGUCUUUUCCACUCUGGCCGUAUUGUGAUUGCCACUGUUGGACUGCCCGCUCGAGGAAAGACACACACCUCGGUCGCCGUGGCUCGUUACUUGCGGUGGCUGGGUGUCAAGACGCACGUGUUUCACCUGGGCGACUACCGUCGCGCAACUCUUGGCCCGGAUCAGGACGUGCCUGAAGACUAUUUCUUCCUAAACGCAACCCCACAAUCAGUACUGCUUCGGAACAAGAUUCUGAAGAAGUGCCGUGACGACAUCUACCACUUCCUAGAGAACGAAAAAGGCCAGGUUGCCAUCUACGAUGCAGUGAAUGCCAUCAGUCAAGGUCGAAGAUCACUAGCCAAGGAGUUUGCGAAAAAGGGGAUCCAGACUGUCUUUAUCGAGUCGCAAUGCACCGACGAGCGUAUCAUUCAGGAGAACGUCCGCCGCGUGAAGAUCUCCUCGCCAGACUACCAGGGCUGGAAUGACGAGGACGCGGUGCGAGACUAUCUGGCGAGGAUCAACUCGAGAAUACCACACUUUGAGACAAUGGAAGAGCAGGACCUGCACUGGAUCAAGAUGAUCAACGCGGGCGAGCGUGUACACGUGAAUAACUGCGCCUUCGGCUACCUGUCCCAACGAAUCGUCUUCUACCUACUCAAUUUGCACAUCAAAUCUCGACAAACAUACUUUGCGCGUGCUGGCACAACACGAGAAGAAGACUCAUACAAAGCCGACGCAGACCUCUCGGAAGAAGGAAAAGAAUACGCGAAGCAAAUGAGCGACAUUCUGCUAAAGUAUCGGGAGGAGGAGAGGCAGAAGUUGAUAGACCAGGGGGCAUCGGGCGCUUCUCUAAAGCCGUUGACGAUCUGGACCUCAACUCGCCGACGCACAGUGCAAACUUCCGAGUACCUGGCAUCAAAGGGCUACCGUGUCAGGCAGCGAUCACAGAUGAGCCAAAUGAAUCCCGGAGUCUGCGAGAAAAUGUCAGAGCGCAAGAUCAGGCAAGAGCUCCCGGAUGAAGUCAGGAAGCAUGAGGCAGAUCCCUACCACCAUAGAUACCCAAGAGCGGAGUCAUAUCACGACCUUGCUGUGCGCAUGGAACCUAUCAUCCUCGAGCUCGAGCGUGAAGAGAACGAUCUACUCAUCAUUGCCCAUGAGUCAGUCCUGCGUGUACUUUACGGCUACCUCAUGGCAUGCAAUGCAGCCGACAUUCCAAAGCUUCAAUUCCCUCGAGAUGAAAUCAUCGAGAUCAUCCCCUCGAGCUACAACAACGUCGCAAAACGCAUCAAGAUUCCGGAUCUUCCACGAAGCAUGAUUCCUGCCAGUCCGGAGGACAUCCAGAUACCUGUGCCACCCAGUGGAGCGGUAAGCCCUUUCCCUGGGAUAGGGACACCCGACGUCAAAUCUGGAACAGCGACACCUGAGCAGUCAGCUAGUCAGCCGCUCAAAAUGAACUCAACCCACAUUAACCCACUUGAGUAAAUAGGUUCCCUACCGCUACCGUUACGACUCCACGUUCGACAAUGAAAGAGCGAGUCAGCAGACCGACUUUGAAUCGAGCUUAGAUGGGUGAUGUUGCCGAUGAGCCAUGACUUUGGCUGUCGAUUCGAUACCCGGCGUUUGUGUACUUGCUUGAGCGCAUAGACGGUCACGGUUGUCGAUAUCCUUAUGAAUACACGGUCUUGUUGAUGAACUUCAGAUGACCUGUCACGACAUUCGUUCUUGAUCACUAUACAGAGUUUCUCCGUACCAAGGCCUGGCCGGAAGAUC